GUGCCACCGUUCCCCGCCGGGGCCUACGACUGGCCUUGCCGGGCAGGGCAGGCUCCGAGAUGGCCUCCCCACCAGCCCCCCGGAAAGCCACGGGGGAUGCCAGGAAAGGUUCUGCAGAGAAUAGGAAGGGUUCAGGAGAGACCAGGAAAGCUUCUAUGGACAGCAGGAAAUCUGCCGAGGCCAAGACAGACCCCGGAGAGGCCCAGAAGGGUCCUGGCGAGGUCAGGAGGAGGAGCUCUGCACGGAAGAGCUCCACCAAGGGGAGUUUGGGGGAGGACAGGAGGGUUUCAGUCGGCAGCAGGAGGGUUUCAGGCGAUAGGAGGAGGGUUUCAGGCGACAGAACAUCAGUCGACAGCAGGAGGAUUUCAGUCGACAGCAGGAGGAUUUCAGUCGACAGCAGGAGGAUUUCAGUCGACAGCAGGAGGGUUUCAGUCGACAGCAGGAGGGGCUCCAGCCAGAACAGACGGAGUUCCAGCGACAGCAGGAGGGGUUCAAGCGCGGACAGGGACAGUUUGUCCUCUAUCCCCGUCAGCGUGCGACCCAACAGGUUGCCAUUGAUCACCCUGAUGAAAGCCUUGGGCCGCUUCAAGCUGUCCCUCCCGGAAAUCCGUCGGAGCUACAAGCUGGCCCCCCGCGACCCCCUGGCCUUGGACACGGAUGUUAUCCCGCGUCCGAAAUACCACCACAAGGCAGUAGUGAGGAGGUUCUGGGGCAACCACCAGCCCCUCUCCAAGGUCCCGUAUAAAAUUCUGCUGGGGCACAGCCACAUCGUGAGUUCCUGCCACUUCUGCAUGAGUGACACGAGGCUCCUCAGUAGCUCCUACGACUGCUCGGUGAAACUGUGGAAUGCCGUCGAUGGAUCUGUGCUGUGGGAUUUUGAGCCGCGACCCAAAGCUCCUGUUUUAGAAUGCAGCAUCACAGCUGACAACAGAAGGGUCGUGGCAUCGUCUUACGACAAAACUGUGAGGGCUUGGGAUGUCGAGACGGGGAAGCUUCUGUGGAAAGUCAGGCAUGACACCUUCGUAGUGUGCUGUAAAUUCUCUCCCGACGGAAAGUACGUGCUCUCUGCCCUGGACGUGGAUCGUGGGAUCUGCUUAAUGGAUCCAGAAAACAUCACCAACUUGAUCCAAGUCAAAGAUCACCACAAAAGGUCCAUCACAGCCUGCUGCUUUGACCCCGACAGCCAGAAGGUGGCUUCCGUCUCUAUGGACAGGAGCAUCAAGAUCUGGGAUAUCACGUCGCAGGCCACGCUGUUUACCAUACCCAACUCGCAUGCCAACACCAUCUCAGACUGCUGCUUCAACUCCAGCGGCCAUUUCCUGUGUACCAGCUCCUGGGAUAAAAGCAUCAAAAUAUGGAAUAUCCACACGGGGGAGUUUCGAAACCGCGGAGCCUGUGCGACGCUGAUGAAGGGCCACGAGGGCUGUGUGAGUUCCUGCUGCAUCACUAGAGACAGCUCUCUGCUCAUUUCUGGUGGUUUUGACAAGUCUGUGGCUAUUUGGGACGUGGCAGAUGGCUACCGGAAGUUGUCGUUGAAGGGCCACGAUGCCUGGGUGACGGAUGUGGCCGUUAGCAGCAACAAGAAAUGGAUCCUCUCUGCUUCAAAGGACAGCUCCAUGAGACUGUGGAAUAUUGAAGAGAUCGACAAAAUCCCUUUGGUGACCGAGAACAGAAGGUUUAUGGGCUGCAAAGUCAAGCAGUGCAGAAAUUGUGACCAGCUUUUCUCCGCCUUUGAAACCGACACCCCUUCGAAACUACCCAGCCAGUGUAUGUUCUGCCGCAGAGAGGAGAGGAACGUAAGGCCUGCUUCUUCAUCCUCGUCGCGGUCCACCGUCAUUGAAGGAGAGUAAGGAGAGCCGGUGGCCGCUGGGCGCCUAAGGAGUUGGCUGCAGGAGCUCCUCAGGGACCAGCUCGGAGUGCCCGCCCAGCUGAGUGCACCUAUCAAACCCGGGCAGGGGGCCAGGCCCCCACUAGACUCUCAGCACGGAGCUGCCUCUUAGACAACCCCCGCCCCCCAACCCUUUAAGGGUGAGCACGUUUAGUUUGAAUGUAGAAUAAAUCUAGAUUCCUUUGGG